UUUAGUCAUGACCUGUACGGUCACCCUGAUUUUGAUUGAGCUGGUUGCAACUUGCAAUUAAGGGUUAAGGUUGCUGACAGAAAAUGGAUGUUGCAAUCGGAAACGUCGCAUGUGUUACGUAUGAAAGUGGAAUGGUGUCUAUUGAAGAUUUUCCAACUGACAAAGGCCCUGUAUGGAUCAUGGGCAGGAAGUAUGAUAUGAAGAGACAACGGAUGGAGGCAAAAAGAGAUGUACGCUCCAGACUGUGGAUGACAUAUCGCAAAGGAUUUCCCAAUAUAGGUGGAACAGGCCCCACGACAGAUCAGGGCUGGGGCUGUAUGUUACGAUGUGGCCAAAUGAUGCUAGCUCAAGCACUUAUCUGCAGACAUCUUGGGAGAGACUGGAGAUGGAAUCCUGCACAACCAGAAGAGAACUAUAUAAGAACGUUAAAAAUGUUCUUAGACAGAAAAGACAGCCCAUACUCCAUACAGCAAAUUGCACAAAUGGGUGUUGGUGAAGGCAAAUCAGUAGGUAUGUGGUUUGGACCCAAUACUGUUGCUCAAGUACUCCGCAAGCUGGUUGCUUUCGACAGUUGGAGCAAUAUGGCAGUGCAUGUGGCCCUUGAUAACACUGUAGUGCAAGAAGACAUAAGAAAACUCUGUCGUGUGUCAACAGAUGCACAGAAUGGAAGAUCCUCAUCAACACAGCAUCCACCAAUGCAUCUAACAAACAAAUCGGCACAUGGUACAUGUAGUGGUGCAUGUGCAGAUGCAGUUUCACCAGACACGUGGAGACCUGUUUUGAUAUUUAUACCUCUACGACUUGGACUGAAUGAGAUCAAUGCAGUAUACAUAAGACGCUUGAAGAGAUGUUUCACCUUACGUCAGUCUCUUGGUGUGAUAGGAGGCAAGCCAAAUCAUGCCCAUUAUUUCAUAGGCUUUGUUGGAGAUGAACUUAUUUAUCUGGACCCUCACACCACCCAGCCAGCACUUACUACCGACAAAUGGGGAUUCCUGCAAGAUGAAAGCUACCAUUGCGAUCAUGCAUGCCGUAUGAAUACCCAUAAUCUGGAUCCUUCUAUCGCACUGGGAUACUAUUGUCAAGAUGAGGCUGACUUUGAAGCCUGGUGCAGAGACAUACAACAGGUAAUAAAGGAGCAGGAUUUAAGUCCAAUGUUUGAGUUGACUGAGGAACGACCAUCCCAUUGGCCACCAUUUGACCCUGGCCAAUCCAGUAUGGACACCAGCUUUGAAAUAAGAGAUGAGGUAGAGGAGGACCCUACGUAUGAUUCUGAUGAGGAGUUUGAGCUUUUGUAAGCAACAGGAGAAGUGCCUUGCAAAGUCUUUUCACAGUGCUAAUGUCUUCAACAUCCCAACAAUGGGAAGCUCUUGACAACCGUAACCUGUGAUGCACUACUACAUCCCUCAUUAAAUGGUUAUUGCUGACAGAAACCAUGAGAUACAUACUAGAUCACACGUUUGAAAAGAACUGGCUUUGGAUUUAUUUGGUCUUAAUCCGUUUUUGAGACUUUGUUUAGCAUUCCUUAAUAAUGUGUUAAGAGCAGGCAGCAAACAAGUGUGCAAAAUCUUUGUACUUGUAUUAUCAAGAGGCAUUAAUUCCUAUGUAAACUGGUGAUGUUUAGGCUCUCCCUCCCACAAUCCUGCACAAUCCUGUUAUUGCGCAAUUUGAUUUAUUGCUUCAAGCUUUUGGUGUUUAUGACUGCUAAGCCUCAACCACCCAUCUCAACCCCCCCCCCCCCCCCCCCCCCGAUUAUCUUGGGAUUUUAACACCCAAGUUACUCCCCAUCAAAAAUCCUGCAUCUACCACUGACUGUAUAUGGGUGAAUAAGACAUAAAUGCAUUACAUUUUUGUAUUCCAUGAAUGUAAGAAUAAUUUGUUCCUGUGUUAUUCAUACUUAAAACUAUUAAGCUCGGUGGUCGAAUGGCAAGACGUCUGCACUAGAAAGCAGGAGGUCGUGGGUUUGGGUCCAACCGGAGUGAUUUUUUCCAACGUUCACUCGGGAGGUAGCACACUGAGUAUAUUUAUACGUCGGUAAAGGGCAAGACCUUAUAUUGAAAACUAUUUCUGUGAUGCCACACUAUUGUUUAAACUGUAGAUUAUAUUGCAUAUCUAUAUAUAGACAAAUCUACAGUUGACAAAUCACGAUUCUACAGCAACUUAUCACUUUCAAUAUGGCUUGGUAAAUACUAAUAUUUUCGUUAAGGAUAAUACACGCGGAGCGCACCGCUCGUGGGUGAAUGCCGCGCUACCGUGUGUAUUAACCUACUUAACACCCUCCAAGAAUUCCUCAUUAUUGCUUGAACGAAGGCCUUUGUACAUCUUCAGUGUUGAAUUUGAUAAAAUGGGAAAAUCAAUUUUGUUUAUUUAUGAGAAAAGAACAAUGACGUCACAUCAUUGUUAUUAUUUAGUGAAUAUCAUUUAAAAGAACGGCAGUCGUCAAGCUGCCACAGUAGCCUAAUGGUAAACGAGAUGAGCUAUGGAUGCAAUGGUCCCUGGUUUGAAUCCUGCUAUGUCUAUUAUCCAGCGACCAUUUUUUUUUAAAUGAAGGGAAAAAGGAGAACGAAAAUAUAAGUGUCUUGCUGUGAUUCUGUAAAAUUACUGAAUUAUACAUAAGUGGCUACGCCAUUCGUCAGAUGCCGAAUGGCGCGCCGUGCUCCAUUCGUGCAAAAUAAUGACGAGGAAAAAACAAGUAUGACGUCACAGGAGGGUGUUAAUAUUUAAGACAACACCUAGCACUGGAUUAACGAUCUCAGGCAGAUAAUAUGACCUUUAAUAUCAAAUGACUUAAUAUAAUUGAAGUGCUUUUAUGGUGCUUUCCAUUGUAUCAACAAUCUCAAAGCCCUUUACAAUUAUUCCCCCAGUCAUCAGGCCACGAGACCACUCGGCUGAAAUUCAUUCAUCUGUCCUCACAGGUACCCAUUCAUACUCCUGUGUGGAGAGAGGCAAUUGCACACCAUCAUACUGGAGUCAUACACCUUAACCACGGGACCAUGGCGUUUUGUUCCAUAAUGUCCUCCAAGCUUAAUUCCAAAUUAUAAGACAUACCAUUUUCUCAAAGAUGAUCAUUACAAUCUUGAAAACAUUUCCAUUAAGUUUUCAAAUGUGGUAAACAUUUGUUCAAGAAUUCUAUACAUUAUACUUGGUGAAUGUUGGAGCAUCCAUGAUAGUUCUCUUGUACAGACGCAUAGUAGAAGAUGGAUGACUGGUUGUUUAGCAGAUCACCUGCUGUCUUUGUUGCUACUGGCGUGAAGCUACAGAGUCUCAAAGCAAGCCGGCCAGCUUUGUCACAGAUGCCGCCACACGUCGUCUGUUGGUUUUGCAAGGGGCCCGGGGAUGCAAGUAGAACACUUUGAGGAUGUUGAUGGGUGACUGAUAUACUCCUCAUAAUUAUAAUCUCAGAAUACAUUUAUCAGUCAUCUCAAGAUUUUCAUAGGCAUCCACAACUUUUGAGAUAAAAUAAAAAGACUAUCGUGAUCAUUUAGAA